GGUGUACGAGAGUUGUAUUUCGUGAAUUUCUGGUGAAGAAAAAUUCAGCAGGAACUUUCAUGGGAUAUUCCCGCGUUCUUCAGCGUCCUUCGGUGUUACUGUGUGAAGUUGGUUGCGAUUGUGAAAAUCGGUGAUGCCAAUCCAUCAAGAGAGGCAUUGUUCCGUUGUGUUUCGUGAAUAGAUAUUUUCCAUUUUCCCAUUCCAGUCGGCUUUAAAUUUCAUCUGUAAGUGCUCAGGUGACAAUACAAUGGCUCAAGAACAAGAUCCUUCACUUAAUGAAUCCAGCGUCACCAUGCUGGACGUUCUGGACGAAGAGCAAGCAUUGGAAGAAGAGAGUCUGGCAGUGCUUGGGGGCUCUGAUGACAAGUUCUGCACAUAUUCCAAGGGCUACGUGAAGAGACAGGCGCUGUAUUCGUGUCUGACAUGCUCUCCGGAAUCCUCCACGGACACCACAAAGUGUGCUGGAGUUUGCCUGGCUUGCAGUUACCACUGUCACGAGGGCCACGAGUUGGUGGAGUUGUAUACAAAGCGCAACUUCCGCUGUGACUGUGGCGGAGUGCGUAUGCCGGAUGUUAAGUGCUCCCUUGAGCCAGAGAAGGGGUCAGAGAAUACAGAGAAUCACUACAAUCAGAACUUCUCGGGACUCUACUGCUCUUGCCACCGACCGUAUCCGGAUCCCGAGGAUCCCAUUGAGGAUGAGAUGAUCCAGUGCAUCAUUUGUGAGGAUUGGCUCCAUUGUCGCCACCUGGAAAUCGCUGUUCCCACUGGGCAAACCUUCUUCGAGAUGAUUUGCGCUGAAUGCAGCGAGAAGAAUGAUGUUCUGCACUUUUACUUGGGAUUAUCUGUGGGCAGAAUCGAGAACGAAUGUGAGACAGUUCCAGAAAUUGCGCUCAAUGUUGAAGAUACAUCAGCUACUGAGGAGAAGAAGGAGGAAAAAUUAGACAGUGAGGAUAAAUCAGGAACUUCUGAGCCUACAAAUGAUACCGAAGUAAAGGAGAAAGUUGUGGAGACUAAAGAGCCAGAACAGUCAACAAGUUCCAUGGAUGAUAAGGAGCCAGAGGCUAAGAGGGCGAAGUUGGAUAUUCCAGAGGACAAGUCAGAUGUAUGCAAACGACCGACAUUGAAGCUCUCUCAUAAGCGCGGUGCCACUUUCUGGCCAGAAAACUGGCGUGAGCAGCUCUGCAAGUGUAGCGAGUGCCAGAAGAUAUAUGCUGAGCUCAAGGUGGUCUUCCUCCUGGACUUGGACGACACUGUGCAGAGCUACGAGGAGCAUGGAAAGAACAAGGCCAAGGAAUCUGACUAUGACAGGGGAAUGAGAGCUCUUUCCUCCAUGGAUCGCACCAGGCAAAUCGACGCUAUCUCAGCAUAUAAUCGAAUGCGGGAAAAACUCAAGGAGUAUCUGCACACAUUUGUGGCCAAUCGCCAGGUGGUCACUGAGGAGGAUGUUCGACGAUUCUUUCGCAUGAUGAAGAAUGAGAAAAACGAGAAUCUCGGGCAGCCCUACUUCUGUCGCUAAGUCUGUGAGCAGACACUCUGAGAUCAUGAUUCCCAGGCAGAAUCCGCGAACUUAUUUCAGUGAGGCGAGUUAUCAAUAAAAUAAUUAUUUGUGAAGCAUCCAAUGAAGUUCUUCCGAGCACAAGUUGGUGAGUUUUUAUAGCCUUAAAUUUUCUGUGAGAUGUUAAAUUCAAUGCAAGAAUCUUCUCUGAAAUUGGAGAAACGUGUGGAGGUGGUAUUUUCCAGUAAAUCGUAUUCAGCGUGGGCGAUUCUCCCAAAUUCCGCCCCGUAAGCAUCAAUUUCAAUAUCUUGAUUUCGGAGAAUUGUCUUCGCAAAAUGUUUUGGGAUUUCUG